GUCGUUCGCUGCCGCUAGCAUCGCCGAAUCGCCAGCUUCUGUGUAAGGGAUCCCCACCGCCUCGGCAGGCUAAGGAGCCGCUGCCGCCUCCGAGUCGUAAGGGCUACUAUGCCCCCCUUUUGCUGCUGCCUCCCGCUCCCGCCCGCGAAGGCAUCCCUCUGGCUGUUCAGUCCCGCCUCAGUGUCAAACCAGAAGAAAAGACUCAACAAAAAUUUAUUAUGUGUGGAGUUUCUUCUUUGAAGAAGAAAAAGUGAUUGGGACUAUGGAUCGGAGCAAACGCAAUUCAAUUGCAGGAUUUCCUCCACGCGUGGAGCGUCAUGAAGAUCUGGAAGGAAGUGGUGGAGGAGAUGGUAACCUCACCCAAGGGGGAAGAGUUCCCACAUAUCGAGCUCUUAUAAAUGCCUUUUCCAGACUGACGCGAUUAGAUGACUUCACAUGUGAAAAAAUAGGAUCUGGGUUUUACUCUGAUGUGUUUAAGGUGCGCCACCGAGCUUCUGGUCAGGUGAUGGCUCUUAAAAUGAACACACCAAACAACAACCAAGCAAAUAUGCUGAAAGAAGUACAGCUCAUGAAAAGACUCUCCCAUCCCAACAUCCUUAGGUUCAUGGGUGUGUGUGUCCAUCAAGGACAAUUGCAUGCACUUACAGAGUAUAUCGACUUUGGAAACCUGGAACAAUUGCUAGACAGUAAUCUGCAUUUGACCUGGACUGUGAGAGUGAAACUGGCUUAUGACAUAGCAAUGGGCGUCAGUUACCUUCAUCAGAUAGGCAUUUUCCAUCGGGACCUCACAUCUAAGAAUUGCCUGAUAAAGAAGAAUGAGACUGGCUACUCGGCAGUGAUAGCUGACUUUGGCCUGGCUGAGAAGAUCCCUGAUGUCAGCAUGGGGAGUGAGAAGCUAGCUGUGGUGGGCUCACCCUUCUGGAUGGCACCUGAGGUUCUCCGAAAUGAGCCCUACAACGAGAAGGCGGACGUGUUCUCUUAUGGUAUCAUCCUCUGUGAGAUCAUCGCCCGCAUCCAGGCUGAUCCGGACUAUCUUCCCCGCACAGAGAACUUCGGGCUAGACUAUGAUGCUUUCCAGCACAUGGUGGGAGACUGUCCCCCAGACUUUCUGCAGCUCACCUUCAACUGUUGUAAUAUGGACCCCAAACUACGCCCACCCUUCGCUGAGAUUGAGAAGAUCUUGGAGCAAAUUCAUAGCCGCCUACAGAAGGAAGAGCUGGAAAGGGAAAGAAAGCAGCAGGUCAAGGGACUGUUGGAGAAAGGACCUGGGGUGAAACGACUGAGCACACUGGAUGACAAGAUCCCACCCAAGUCUCCAUGCCCAAGACGUACCAUCUGGCUGUCUCGAAGCCAGUCAGACAUUUUUUCCCAUAAGCCCCCAUAUACAGUGAAUGUCUCAGACCCCUACUACCAGCCACAAGCUAGUGCUACCCGAACCACCAAAAUCAACCCUUUCAGCACUCGCCAGGACCUCAAGUGUGGCAAGACCAAGUUAUUUGACCAACCCAGCAAAUCUGUCUUCUCCUUGGUAUUUGACCUGGAUGCACCAGGGCCUGUAACCAUGCCCCUGGAAGACUGGCAAGAGCCCUUGAGCCCUUUUGCUCGUCGGUGGCGUUCUUUGCCAGGUUCAUCAGAGUUCUUUCAUCAAGAGGCCCAUCCAUUUGUGGGCCGAGAAGACUCACUCUCUGAUGGCCCCCCACUUCUCAGUAGUCUCAAAUACAGAGUGAAAGAGAUCCCACCAUUCCGAGCAUCUGCCCUACCAGCUCCUCUAGCCCAGGAGGCCAUGGACUGCUCCAGUCACCAGGAAGAAAACGGUUUGAGCAGUCCAUGGACCAGUCCAUGCCUUCAAGGUGCCUCUAAGGAGGUAGAAGAAAGGCCAAGAGGUUUGGCUCCAAUUCCUUUCUCUCUCAGGCAAGCGCCUGAGAGCACGGGACAGCAGGAUGGGAGAGGGGGGUUAAUUCCUGCCUCACCCUGGGGAUGAUCUUCAGCUGAAGCCACAGGGCCCUCUUGGUAUAGCGUUGUCUUCCCUGGAGCAGCCAAGCCAGACUUAACCUUGAAGUUCCCAGGACCCACUGACUGUUAUGAGAGGAGAUACAGCAGUGAGAGGCCUUCCUAGUAGGGCCAAAAGCUGAUACCAAGCCUCUAAAAUAUGAAAGGAGCUCUGUCUCCCAUCUGAGCCUCCAGUGUACUUCCCCAGACAGAACCAGAGGAUUCCUACUUCUAGUUUAUGCUGGCAGGCAGCUAUUCCCAGGUCUUCUCCUGCCCCAGGUCUGUGUCUGCCCUUUUCUAGGGUUUAUAAGCUACUAGAUGAAACCUGGAACUGACCAGGAAGCCACAAAGGCAUAAUUUCUGACCUGAAGACUACUUGCCAGUAUGUCUAAGACACUUGAAUAAUUGUUGUUUGCACUUACUGCAUGGUCAGGCCACAUCACUACAUUUCUAUGCAAGAGGAGGGCAAGGCAGUGUGGUGGUCAUGGCUGUUAGCUAACCUAUUCAAAGAUUUGUUUCCAAUUGAUUAAUGUAUUUCCUAUUUAUGAAGGCAUCUUAAUGUUCUGCCCUAUAAAACUUUCAACCUUGUGGCUGGGAGUAGGGCUGGUUUUGUAGGCCCUAGGGCCUGCUUUAUAUAUCUGUCAACAUGUGAUAAAACCAAUUGGUUAGAUGGUUUAUACAUGGACUGAUUUUCUUCCCUCCUGCUAUAGUUGAAGCUAUGUGACAAUCUGUCCUUACAAAGUCAAAAUAAGAAAUAACCAAAGACAAAG